AUUCAAAAGAUCGAUCUAGUACUCCAGCCUACAAGUCUGAAGAUACGUAUUGAAUAAACAUAAAAAAAAUCAAAUUAUUUUUACAACCUAACUUCUUCCAGAGUUAGUGAGAAAUACAAUAAGCUAUUAGUCUAACAAUGAUAACGGGAUUGCAAAUUUUGGAGUUUUGCUAAACUGCAAAAAGAAAAUUUUGGAAAUGCAAGGAAUCGUGACCUAACUUCAAAUUUUUAAUGAAAUGCGCGGCUGGUUGAUUUCAAUUGAUCUAACAGGUGAUUUUUUUUCUUUUUUCCUUUUUGGAAAACCUAAUAAGUGGAAUUUGAUAAAAUUAAGCGUCUUCGAAACAUUAACAUUAUAAAGUAGAUUAAUUUCAGAUCAGGGAGAUUUAUCCGUGUUUCUCAUAUAACAAUUUCCUUUCUUCAUAUAAAAACAAUAUAUAUAAAAGACUAUAAUAUUAAUGCUUAAAAGGAGAAAUAUACAACUAAUAUAUGCAGCCCUUUAAGCGGUUGGAAAACUGCAUAGAGAAAAAGACUUACUUUGACGUCUACCGAUUUUCACAUCUAAAAAUUAUGACAUCCACAUUUUGUUGAAUGAUUCAUGCAGUACUCUUCACGCCUUGAUGAAGUGCGACAACAUUAAUAACAAGUGGAGUAUACUCUCAUAGUAAAGGUUGGGAAAAAAUGGCUGGAGAUUGCUCAGAUAUCCAUGCAAAGGAACCCCAUGAAUAUUCUUCUUGUUCACAGCUAGACAACAUUAAUAAUAUUUCACCCAUUGAUCUGAAUGAAGAAGCAAGCUGCAGUGAUGUUGAUGAUGAGGAGGAGGAGGAGAUGAUCAGUGCUAAUAAUAGUGAAGUCCCUAAUAACUUCCCGGCGGCUGCUGACGGCGAAAAAUCGAGCGAAGGAGGAACUUCUGAUAAUAACAGUAAUUCCGUUGAAGGAAAUGAGAGAAAAGUUCGUCAAUAUAAUCGAUCUAAAUUGCCUAGGCUUCGAUGGACCCCGGAACUUCAUCUUUCUUUUGUGCAUGCAAUUGAAAGACUAGGAGGGCAAGAAAGAGCCACUCCUAAAUUGGUACUUCAGUUGAUGAACGUUAGAGGGCUUAGCAUUGCUCAUGUAAAAAGUCACUUGCAGAUGUACAGAAGCAAGAAACUAGAUGCACGUGGUCAAGUUCUAUUAGGCCAGGCUAGCAGAGGGAUGCAAAGAAAAGGUUAUUUCUCAAGUAGAAUGGACCCUUCUUACCACGAUGGUGGACUUCUUUCAGCAACUGAUCGCGGAGUGUUUAGUAACAUGAGUUUUCUUGCUAGUCAGUCUCCCCAGUUUUCAUAUGACUUUUCCAGAUACCAGCAGUGGUCUAUCUAUCGAGAUGGCAAGAGUAAUAAUCACAAGAUGCAACAAUAUAAUGUUGGGAAGCCUCACAAUUCGAGCGUAUUAUUUCACGUUAUGCGUGGAUAUCCAAGGAAUGGUCCCACUAAACCAAGCUGUUUUCUUGAAGAAAAAAGAUGGCCGCCUCGUGAAUUCAUCUCAAAUUACCCGAUGAUGAAAGAUAGAAGGGUCCCAACGCCGAUUAAUCCUCAAUUUCUUCAUGAUCAACAAGCUGAUUCUGUGGGGGCUACCUACUUCAUUCAGCGUUCAAAUUGGAAUUCCAUGCACAGCUUUGAUCAAACAAUUUUAGAGGUCCCCAAAAGCCAAGAGAUGAUGAAUAAGUAUAAAGCAGUGGAUAUUAAAGAUCGGUCGCCUAGCUUGCAACUUGGUUUGAGCAAAAUCGCGGGACAGAAGAUUCCAAGUAUGGGAGAUCCCUCGGAUGUCAACACAAGGCUUUCGCUUUCUCUUUGA